AUGAACCAGCACGCAUAUAAGAUUCCUGAAAACUACAAUAGAAACAUUCCACCCGGUAAAAACACUACAGUGUAUAUAGGAAUAAACGUCAAUCGGGUGUCUGGAGUCGAUGAGAAUAAAGAGGAAAUAACGCUGGACAUCUUUCUGCAAGUAUCAUGGGAAGACGGACAGCUACAAAUCCCGCCGGGCAUGCCUUUCAUAGACUUGCCAUGGGAGUUUCGCCAGCUGAUAUGGACGCCGGAUCUGUACAUAUGGCAGCUGCAGAGCAUGAGAACAAUGUCCGUAUUGCAAGAGAUGGCUUCGCUCAGGAUAUACUCUAAUAGCACCGUAUCAGUUAAUAUAGGCGCUACUAUAACAAUUAAAUGUCAAAUGGAUUUCGUUCUGUACCCAUUGGAUGUGCAAAAAUGCGCCAUUGAUUUUGGCAGUUACAAAUAUACGUCGGAAGACGUCCGUUUCGAGUGGCAUGCGGGAGCGCCGUGGCGGGGCCUGGUGGGAAAACAGCGCAACCAGUUCCGCCUGCCCAAAUACGUGGUCACAUUCGUCACGGACAAAAGUAAUCAUAUUCGAAAUUUUGGUGAAGGUGAGCAUUCAGCGGCACGGUUGCAAAUCAAACUUUCGAGGGAGCUGCGCAGCUAUCUCCUGGAGAGCUACCUGCCGUCGUCGUUGUUCGUCAUCAUAUCCUGGGGAAGCUUCUGCGUCAUACCGGAGAUAGUUCCCGGCCGUAUGGUUCUCCUCGUGACUACACUGCUCUCUUUAGUCACGAUGUUUGACACAGUCAGUACAAACUCGCCUGAUGCCCUGGAGCUCAAGUGUAUUGAGGUGUGGCUGAUUUCAUGCACCAUAUUCGUGUUCCUGGCCUUGCUCGAAUACUUCGUCGUGCUGUUCGGCAUCCGUUACGACAAAAGUUGGAGCAAGCGGCGGCAAGACCUCAGGCGCGCUCACUCCGCGGCACAACUCGCCCCACCGCCCCUACACGUGAACCAUUCUCAGAGAAUGGGCACGCCGGUGACAGGAACGCCUCAAGGCGGUGUCUUUUCACCACAACUUAGCGUUGAGGACGAGGGCCUUAAGCAACAAUUUUCACAUCAAACAAUACAAAGGGAUUCGCCUAUACUGGAUACAAUGCCGCCGAGUGGAUCGUCGAGAGGAUUUUUAACACGACUUGCUACUAUGGCGGACCACGGAGUAAUGUUCUGCGGUGCGCAACAUGGGGCACUUGAUAAAUUCGCUCUGAUAUUGUUCCCCGUGUGCUUCUUUCUUUUCACCGUCAUCUACUGGACAACCUACCUCAGCGAGGCGCAUCGGGCAAUGCUCGAG